ACCUGCCUACACGGUCUCCUCCGUCAGUAAACUCAAAGAUGUCGUUCGCUAUGGUAGUCAACUAUCUGCUUAUCAUAUUUAUAUCUUUGGUUAAUGGAAUGCCACAAAAAGAUGAUACAGAAAAAUCUGGAGCGCUUCCAUUCCUUCAAUUUACUGACGGAGGAAUCCGGGUGAACUUUGGAGGAUAUCAUGCUGAAGCUGGACUCGGUGGUCUUCUACGAGGCACGGGUGGUGGACUUUACGCUAAGGCAGGAACUCCGUGGGGUGCACACGCUGGCGCAGGAUUAGGCGGUCAAGUAGGAGAUACCCUUGGCGGCGGUCUUUAUGCUCGCGCUGGCUUAGGCCGUGGAGGACCAGAUGCAGCAGCUGGCCUUGGUGGAAGACUGGAUGGCAGGUCAGCGAACCCGAUUGCAGGUGGCUUGUAUGCAGGGGCAACACCGGGCGGUGGUCCAGGAACGGGCGUAUUUCUCGGCGGAGGUGCUGAUCAAGUUUUUGGAUUCGAUGGGAUUAUAAGCGGUAGUACGACUAACGAAGCUGUGAAACCAGUUGCGGCUGCUGGGACAGUGAGUACCGCAUCAGCAAGUGCAGAUGCAGCUGCAAACGUAACGAAGCCAACCAAGGGCCGCACGAACAUACAGAUCAUACCUUCAAAGGGGCGAAAGGAGAAAGAGAAGUUAGCAGUUGCAGCUGAUGCUACUGUUCAAGCCGAUGCGCCCGCCGCAAGUGAGAAAACCGAGUCGCAAGACAAAGAGACGCGACGUGCAGUCAUAGCACCUGCAGCGGAAGUGGGCCUGGUCAAAUCGGUUUACUUUGGGGCAGCACCAGCCGUGAAAACCAUCGUGAUUCCAGAAUCAGCAGCUGCUGUACCCGCGCAAGGCGCAGUCCAAGCCACAGCCACCGACACAACAGUUGCCAAUAAUCCGAGUGUAGUAGUACCGAAGCCCGUGUAUCCACGUUGGUACUUUAGAAAAAGAUUUCGAACCGCCCCGAGGAAAACAGUUUAUGUUGCUCCAACAAGUGCUGAUACUCAAAGCUCUCCUUCGGAAAUAGUCGGCGGACUGUUCGCAGUGGGAGAUGGCGAAGUGGUUGCCGGAGGCAAAGCUUACGCCAGUGGAUCCCUGUUCGAUGAUAUUUUUAACAUCCCGAUUUCCACGUUGUCCGCUGUUAACCAGCUGCUGAGAAACAACGUCGGCUAAGGCUUCACUGUAGCGCACAGUAUCUAUAAACCUACACUUCAAAUACUAUAUGUAUAAUGGAUAAUUAUAUAAUAAUAGACAUCGAUGAGGCUUAAAGACUAUAGGUUCUUCGAAUAUAUUUAGCAAAUUCAUUUAUUACAUAUCCAACUUUUUUUGACACAAGAUGUUUGUUCUACCUACUUACAAAUGCUACGCACGCAUUAUAUCCAUUUCAUUAAGUUCCGUACGUGAUUAGAUAAUUAAUUGGCGUAUAUACUAUAUUAUCAACGUAUAUAUACAGUAUUUCUUUAUCUGCAAAUUAUUUACAUAUACUAAUAAAGUUUUAUACAAAAAAA